AGUGUAUGUCAAUUUAUAUGGCUUCUGUAAUGAUUGUGAACAUGGUUUUUAUUUUGUUCAUCUUUUCAGAAAGAACAGCCUUGAGUGAAAGCCAGAAGUCGACGCUAAAGUCCCUGUUUGAUCAGGGCAUGAACAGAGUUGGUUCACCCCUCAUCAGCACUGCUGUUGCAACAACAGGACUUCAGCAAAAUGUUGUUGAGGUGACAUUUAUUGGUUUUAGUCUUAAGCACUAUUUGGAUGAGGGUAGUUUUACCCACCUCCUCAUGGAAUACUGGUUUACCACAGGAUUUUUUGUGAUGCUUCUGUUUAAAUUAAUGAAUGUUUCUAAGAACUGGAUAGGCAACUAUAAAAGAACUUCACAUCCUGCAGCUGUUGCGUCGAAGGUAGCAAAGUCUAGACUGCAUACACGAGAGCUGUCGGCAUACAAUUUGUUCUGUCGUGACCUCUUUGUAAAUAAGGGCACAAUGAAAGACAUCAGAAGCAGGUGGAGCAGUUUAGGGGAAGACGAGAGGAACAAAUAUAUUCAAGAGGCUGCAGACUUGAAAGCACAAGAGCAAGCAGACCAGCUUAGUUCUGAAAUGAGGCUCAAAAUUAGGAAGCAUCUGAAGCAACUAAAAGUCGAGGUGUCGAAGCUAGAAGAACUUGGAGUGGAAACGGCACUUAUGAUGUUUGACUGCCUCAAUCCACAAGCUGCCGUCCAUGAAGUAUCCAGUAAGAAAGCCAGUGAAUUCCUUGAAUCAACUGGAACAGGAAACAAGUUCGGGCUGUAUUUUGCAGGUGCAAUCACAAAUCUAAUCAUGCUUUUGCAUUACAUUCACAUUUACUGCAUUUAGCUGAUGGUCUUAUUUAGA